GCACACCAGGGCCUGGACUAGACCCUUUCUAUUACUUGGUCCAAUAGCAACAAGACCAAAAGCCCAAAGAAAAUCAUACGACUCUCCCUCUUUUGGCGGGUUGUCACUCCCGUCCUACUCUGCUCUCUUCCUCUGUUAGAACGCCAUGAUGCCCUACCAGCACUGACGCCAAUCCCCAUCAUUGAGCCGACCUACUUCCUCUUCCCCUGUCUAUUUCUCCCAAAACACCCAACCUCGUCCCUGUCUCUGUUUCACCCAAAACGCCCAGUCUGCUUCUGUUUCGCCCAAAAUCGCACAAAACCUCCUGUAAUCAGAGCUGCAUCGCGACCCAAUUCUCUAAGUUUUCUGAUUCCCUCCAUCGAGACAAUCACAGGGGUAGAUUGGGGCAGCUUUUGGAUUCUAGCUGCAUACAACUUAUUUAGCUGUUACUUGGAUCGGUUUCUUCAAAGCGAACCAUAGAUGUAAGCCCAAAACAUCGGUCAAGGGGACAAGAGGGUCAGUUUAACUUGUGGGGUAUCAUGUGGGAUUUGAUUAUACUGUCGGGGUUAGGUUUUGUUCAAACCAACACUGUUGUCUUAAGUUUGGGCUUGUGCUAUACUACUCGCUUGUUUUCCCCAAAUUACUAAAUGAAGACACCUCUUUGAAAUUUGAAGAGGGAUUAAUCCAUAUUCCGGAGGCACAUGCUGCAAAUUUGGGCAAAGCAUUCGAUCAGUUCUUGCCUACCAUGAUAUUACAUACAGCAGAUACUUCUCUAGUGUAUGCCAUCGUCGUUUUCUCGUUUCAUCCCAAGGGGCCUUUCUCUAUCCCAAAUCCAACGCUUCAUACCUAAAAGCUGGAAACGAGGCACCACCCAAUUUGAGAAACCAUCAGCACCGUCUAUUUUCGAAACAGGUUCAGCAGUUGAUGAUUCUAUGAUAGAUUCUCUUCUUAUAUCCAUUAAGAACUAUGCAAGCGAGGGUAAUUUAUCAAAAGCAUUCAAAGCUUUCUCUCUUCUCAAGCUCCAUGGCUCUUCUGCUACUUCUUGUGACCUUAUCUUGCAUCCCAUCUCUUCUCUUCUCUUGUCUUGCGCCAACCAUAAAUCUUUCCCACAGGGUGAACAGCUUCAUGCACAUAUUGUCAGAUUGGGUUUUGAGCGACACCCCAUUUUGGUUUCCAAGCUGGUUACUCUUUACUCAAGAUUUAAUCUCCAUGUUGAUGCUCAUAUUGUCAUUGAGAAUUCAAAUAUAUUGCAUCCUCUUCCUUGGAAUGUGCUCAUCUCUUCAUAUGUUAAAAAUGAACUUUUGGAUGAGGCUCUCUCUACGUAUAAACAAAUGGUAAAUAAGGGGAUUAGACCAGAUAGUUUCACUUACCCAUCUGUUCUCAAGGCAUGUGGUGAAAAAUUGGAUAUAGGGUUUGGGAGGGAGGUGCAUAAGUCAAUCAAUGCUAGUUGUCAGGAUUGGAAUUUAUUUGUGCAUAAUUCAUUGGUCUCCAUGUAUGGGAGAUUUGGGCUUGUGGAUGUUGCUCGUCACUUGUUUGACAAAAUGCCCACAAGGGAUGAGAUCUCUUGGAAUGCAAUGAUAUCUGGUUAUGCCUCCAAGGGCAUGUGGACGGAAGCAUUUGAGCUGUUUGGAAGCAUGCGGAUGGAGGGUCUUGGAGUUGAUAUCUUAACUUGGAAUACCAUAGCUGGAGGAUGCUUGAGGACAGGCAAUUUCAAGGGUGCACUUGAGUUGCUUUCUCAAAUGAGAAUCUGUGGUAUUUUAUUGGACUCGGUAUCAUUGAUUAUUGGUUUGAGUGCUUGUUCCCACCUUGGAGUCAUUAAGUUAGGGAAGGAGAUUCAUGGUUCUGCAAUUCGUGGUUGUUGGGAUGGCUAUGAUAAUGUUAAACAUGCAUUAAUUACGAUGUAUUCCAGGUGCAAAGACCUUAGGCAAGCCUAUGGUUUGUUUCAAUUGGUAGAAGAUAGAAGUAUAAUUACUUGGAACUCCAUGCUUUCUGGUUAUUCCCGCAUGGACCGAGCUGAGGAAGCUUCAUUCUUAUUUAGGGAGAUGAUGUGUUCUGGAAUUGAACCUAAUUACAUUACAAUUGCCAGCAUCCUUCCCCUCUGUGCUCGGGUAGCGAAUCUUCAACACGGGAAGGAGUUCCACUGCUACAUAACAAAACGUGUAGUGUUUGAUGAUUAUUUACUUCUGUGGAAUGCUCUUGUGGACAUGUAUGCCAGAUCAGGCAAAAUUUUAGAAGCUAAACGAGUAUUUGAUUCAAUGUCUAAGCGAGAUGAAGUAACUUAUAAUUCAAUGAUUGCAGGAUAUGGAGUCCAGGGUGAGGGAAAAGCUGCAUUGAAGUUAUUUGAAGAGAUGAACAUGUUACACAUCAAACCUGAUCAUGUAACCAUGGUUUCAAUUUUGUCAGCUUGUAGCCAUUCUCGUCUUGUAAUCCAAGGCCAAAUGCUAUUUGAAAAGAUGGUGAGUGUAUACGGUAUAACUCCCCGUUUGGAGCACUAUGCUUGCAUGGUUGAUCUUUACGGGAGGGCUGGUCUACUAAACAAAGCAAAGGAGAUUAUCACAAGGAUGCCUUACAGGCCAACUUCUGCAAUGUGGGCUACUCUUCUUGGAGCUUGUCGGAUCCAUGGAAAUAUAGAUAUAGGGGAAUGGGCAGCCGAGAAGCUGUUGGAAAUGAGACCUGAAAAUUCUGGUUACUACGUGUUAAUUGCUAACAUGUAUGCUGCUGCUGGUUGUUGGAACAAGCUAGCGAGAGUGAGGACUUUCAUGAGGGACUUGGGUGUGAGGAAGGCUCCUGGCUGUGCUUGGGUUGAUGUGGGCGAUGGAUUCUCCCUGUUUUUGGUGGGGGACACAACAAAUGAGCUGAGAAAUGACAUUUACCUUCUGUUGGAUGGAUUAACUGAGCUAAUGAAAGAUGCUGAUUCUGUAGUCAAUGAGGAUUUUAGUUCAGGCCAUCAAACAAAAGGUUUCUAUGCGUGGCAAAUUUCCCCUAUCAAAUCUCAUCUCCCCUCGCAUUCAAGUAAUUGAAGCACCAACCAACCUGCUAAAUUGCCGUUGUCCACCCAUGGAUAAUGUGAAAAAAAUUGUGAAAGCAAACCUGUGUAAUCGCUGCCAAUCAAGAAGUUUGGAAUGCAACGAGGAAGCCAGAUCUAUGUCAAUAACCGUUUUGGUAGACAGUAAAAAGGUUUGUGAGCACCAAUUAGCGUUUGGUAAUCGUCCUCCAGACAGCCGACGCGAUGAAACUCAAAAUUUACGUGAGUUAAUUUAACGUGUCAUGUCACUAGCGAGGGAGUGGUUUGGGGAGAUGCCGCUGCUGGAGAGCCCUCAUGGAUUAGAAGCAGGGAUGACAAAGCGCUAAUUAACAACUACCAGGAUGAAGAAAAUAAUUUGCAAGCACCUUGCCCUUUAAAGAAUUGAACCUUCCAAGUUUCGAGAGAUGAUAAUGUGGCAAAUAACAUGGACGGCCAUAUUAUGCCGUCCAUAUUAUGUUCCACAUACGUUGGUAUUAAAAAAUUGGUAAGCAAGUUAGUGUUGUAGCAUUAUUGAAAAAACAACAAAAACGUCUCCUCCUCCACUAUAUCAUGCUAUAAUAAAUUAGUAAGGGUAUUUUAGGAAGAAGAAAAUUGCAAAUCUGACUCAUUAAGUAACUUGGUGGUGCUGGGUCUUAUAUUUGUAUUGGUAACAACUGCAGAAAUAUAAUUUUUGGCGUUGAAAUUAGUGUGGUUUAUUUUCCACA